AUGGUUCCUACCCGGGCUUCAUCUUCACGCCGUCUAGAAAACGAUCAACCUCUCAAGAAAAACCGCAACGCCAAGUUCAGCUCACGGGUGGCGUCGCUACACGAAUCACUGCGCGAUGAUAAACCAAGCUUGUUAGCACCUAUGCGAAAGAAUAAGCUACAGAACUUGACUGAUGUGGUGGUCGUUCGCGAGAGCAAGCUCAAGCAAGCCAUUGUACUUCUCUCAAAGCACCUCGAGCUCAUGAAUUGCGUGAAUAUCCUUGAAGUGAUCGGGCCUCUUCGUAUCGCACACACCCACAGCUUGGGCAUUCCGCCCCAUUUUCACUCCAAGGAAGGAAUCAAGCUAAACGAUGAACGGUCACAUCCUCUGGACACCUACAUGGCUCUUAUGACACUUCUUUGCCCGAACAUCAAAGCAAUGUCGCUUCUACUUGGCAUCCAAAAGUCUUUCGCGGGGAUAUAUGACCUUCUUCCGAUCCCGUUCUCCCCGCUGACUAAGCCCUCGAAUAAUGGAUGCUUCAAGCCUGCAACCCCUUUCCAUCCCCUAGCAUGUCCGAUAUUUCACGAUAAGUUGGAGUCACUCACAUUGACGCAGUGUCGGGGAUGGGCAAGUCUCGUUCAUAAUGAGACGAUGUUAUCAGCCAUGCAAAGCGGCAUCCGGACAAAUGGCCCUAUACCCAUCACGCUGCGCGACUUCAAGCGAUGGUGCCAGCUUGAUGUACCUAUGGAUUUCGCAUUCGGAGAUAAGGAGAUCGUGAGCUGCAAUGAGCUCUUCGUACCGGGAUGCAAGGAGAUCGUACUCGGAAAUGAGGAGGUCGUAAGCAGCUGA